AUGGCUUGGCCGUGCAUCACCCGUGCCUGCUGCAUCGCCCGCUUCUGGAACCAGCUGGAUAAGGCGGACAUCGCGGUGCCCCUGGUCUUCACCAAGUACUCGGAGGCCACGGACCACCCGGGUGCCCCGCCGCAACCGCAGCAGCCCCCAGCGGCGCAGCCGCAGCAUGCUCCCCCCUCGGCGCGCUCCGUUGCCAUAGAAACGCAGCCGGCCCCGGGUGACCUGGAUGCUGUUGCCCGGGCAACAGGGCCCGGCGGGGAGCGGGAGCCUGGGCCUCCCAGUGCCCAGGCCCAGGCCAAGACAGCCGCCGGCCUAGGUCCGGCGGACUCGGUGAUGCGGCAGGACUACCGGGCGUGGAAGGUUCAGCGCCCAGAGCCUAGCUGCAAGCCCCGGAGCGAGUACCAACCGUCUGACACGCCGUUCGAGAAGGAGACCCAGUAUCAGAAGGAUUUCCGGGCGUGGCCGCUGCCCCGGCGCGGCGACCACCCCUGGAUCCCCAAGGCGGCCCCGCCGCCUCCGCCGCAGCCGCUGCCAGCCCCGGCUUCGGCCUCCCCGGGCCCGCCCAAGGCGGAGGAGCGCCGGCGGCGGCGGCAGCAGAGUCAGGAGCGGAGGUCUGGCGAGGCCCCUGCCCAGGCUCAGGCUCCGGGAGAUGAGGAAGGGGGAGGAGGAGGAGGAGGAGGAGACCUCCCUGCCGGGAAAGCGUCUGGACCAGACUGGUGGGAGGUGCGCAAGAAGGCUGGGCCCGCGUGGAUGCUGCGGCGGGCAGAGGGCCAGGGGCUGCAGGGGUCCGAGCCCCAGCCCCAGCCACAGCCACAGCAGCCCCCCGAGGCCGGAGGCGGCAAGGGGCGUGCGGCGGCCGACGCCCUCAAUCGCCAGAUCCGCGAGGAGGUGGCGAGCGCUGCGGGCAGCUCGUACAGAAAUGAAUUCAGAGCGUGGACGGAUAUUAAGCCUGUGAAACCUAUCCGAGCCAAGUCCCAGUACAAGCCCCCGGAGGAUAAGAUGGUUCAUGAAACCAGCUACAGUGCCCAGUUCAAGGGUGAGCCAAACAAGCCCACACCAGCAGAGAAUAAAGUCAUUGAUCGCAGAAGAAUCCGCAGCCUCUACAGCGAACCUUUCAAGGAAUCACCUAAGGUGGAGAAGCCCAGCGCUCCGACCCCUAAACCAAAAAAGACCCCGACAAGCCAUAAACCACUGAAAAAGGCCAAAGAGAAGCAGCUGACAUCUGGCCGGAGCACCAAGAAAAAGGGCCCAACAGCGAGCGGAGCCAGCGGGGCUGGGCCGCAGGACAAGGAGCAAAGUAAAGAGAUGAACAAUAAACUGGCUGAGGCAAAAGAGUAA